AUGAUCGUUACGACUAAAAUAUUUGUCGAUUCCAAACUGCAAUGCGGGAGAAUGCAUUGGGCUUAUGAACAGGUAAUAAGAAAUGAAGUCGAGCAAGUCAAGAAUGCUUGCCAAAAAGCCGGUGGAAAAGGCUAUCGUCCCCACAUAACGUUUGUGGUUGCUACAAAAAUGCAUAACUUGCGUCUCUACAAACAGAACAUUCCACGGAACGAGAGAGCACCCGGUCAGAACGUCACACCGGGAACAGUCGUGGACCAAAACGCAGUUAGUGCAACACUCAACGAAUUUUAUUUGACAUCACAUUCCGCCUUCCAAGUAAGUUUCAUAAUGUUCUGA